CUAAAUUAUGCUUAAAAGCUUCAAUGCAUCAAGAUGAUUAAGGUGUGUUAAGGCCCAGAGGUCUCAGGCCCACUGAGAACUGGGUGCCUGGCGCUGUGACCACGAGGGACCCUCGCAGAGUGCUGGCACUUCUUAAAAAUCCAACAAGUGGGAAAUGACGAGUGUGAGGAGCAGACUGCAGAACUGGACAUUCAGUGUCUGUGCAGGACUUUGAAUGCAGAAGUCACCACAAUGACCCCCAGCUCUUACACUGUGCUUUUUACUUAUAGCCAUGUAAGAACCUAAACAAGGAGAGACAUAAAUUAUUGACCAGAGAAUGGCCCACCGAAGCCCGAUCUUCCCAACUCUUGCCCCUUCUGAAAGACGGGUCCGGAACAUCCCGCUGCACAGCCAGGCGCUGACAGCGGUGCCGCUGGCAUCCGCCAGCCUGGUGGAUCAGCUGGAGGACAGAAUCCUGAGCCAUGAGAAAACAACAGCAGCUCUUGUGGAACACGCUUUUCGCAUUAAGGAGGACAUUGUUUCCACGCUGCACAGAAUGCAGAACAAAGGGGGGGGUGACCGGUUGGCACGGCAACUCCUCGAAGAGCACAUCCGAAACAUUACUGCGAUAGUGAGGCAGCUCAACCGGGACAUCGAGAUGCUGCAGGAACAGAUACGAGUCAGAGACAAUCUCAGCUAUGGAACAAAUUCUACCCUGAAGAGUCUUGAAAUGCGGCAGCUUUCUGGCCUAGGAGAUCUUCGGGGAAGAGUUGCAAGGUGUGAUGCUGGGUUAGCCAGGCUGUCUGCAGAGCAUAAAAUUACAUAUGAAAGACUUCAGAGUCUAAGUAAAGACCAACACACCUCCAAGCUGAUCUUAGAAUCUAAAAUCAAAGAGGCAGAAAUACAGAUUUCUCAUCUGCUGAGCAGAGUAGAGCAAUCAAUAAUGCAACAAGAAGCAAAGCUGAAGAUUGCCUACAAAGAGAGCAACCAACAGCUCCAAGCUCUGGACACAAAAUUGAAAGAUGCUGUUGAGGAACUCAGCAAUCAGAUUUUGUCUGCACGGAGCUGGUUGGAACAGGAACAUGGAAGGACUGAAAAAGAGCUUGUGCAAAAAAUCGACCAACUCUCACUGACUUUUAAGGAAAGCACUGAAAUGAGUGAGAGAGGUAUUGAGAUGAAAUUCAACCAAAUGGCAGAGAAAAUUGAGAGAAUAGAAGAAAUGCAGAAGAUAACCAUGGAGGCACACGAAGCAAAACAGACUGAAGAAAAGAUAAAUAUUCGCAUUGUCAAACUUCAAAAUGAGAUAAACGAAGAUAUAAAAGAAAUGAAAGCUGAAGUCAAUGCUGGGUUUGCAGCUAUCUACGAGAGCAUCGGGUCUCUACGGCAAGUUCUAGAAGCAAAAAUGAAGCUGGACAGAGAUGAACUCCAGAAGCAGAUCCACCAAAUGAAGCAGGAGGUUCCAAGAUGGGGAGAAGCUGGACCAUGACUGCAAGGUUUUGUCUGAGAGAUGAGUGUUUACCUGGCUAACUAGGCAGACUCUAGUGUUGUUCCAGUCUGUAAUGCCAAUUACCUGCAUGUACCAAAUGACAUGCUGCUGCUGCUGCUGCUGCUGCUGCUGCUGCUGCACAGGUGCUUGCUCACAGCAGUAAAUACAAGCUGUUCUUGGAU